UCUGCAGACCGCUGACAGGAGCCUCACCCGCAAGAAAAUCCAACGAAUAUUUAGCGUUCAUCAUGUUUAGGUUUCAGGUCUACUUCACACGCGCGUGUAAAAGGUCGUGCACAAAUCCGUUGUCGAUUAUUGCCUCUUGAAAAGGUCCUAGAUUGUUCAGCUUUUCUAACCUUCACAAUGGCGACCGUGGUGAUGGAGCAGAUUGGCCGCUUAUUUAUCAACGUGCAGCAGCUGCGUCAGAUCCCCCAGUUGCUUGAGUCUGCCUUUCCCACGCUGCCAUGCACUGUGAGCAUCAGUGAUGUGCCCUGCGUCUUCAGGGAAUCACACGUACUCACAGGCUACCGGCCACCUGACCACAGCUGGCGCUAUUACUUCCUCUCACUCUUCCAGCGACAUAACGAAACAUUAAACGUGUGGACGCACUUGCUAGCCUCACUUAUUAUACUUGUCAAGUUCCAGGAAGUGUCAGAGACUGUGGACUUUCUGCGUGACCCACACGCGCAGCCGCUCUUCAUCGGUCUCCUGACUGCGUUCACAUAUCUAGCCUGCAGUGCUCUCGCCCACCUGCUUUCUGCCAAGUCUGAGCUUUCCUUUUACACUUUUUACUUCCUGGACUAUGUGGGUGUGGCUGUGUACCAGUAUGGCAGUGCCCUGGUGCAUUUCUACUACUCAGUGGAAGAAACAUGGCAUGCUUACAUUCGGGGCUUCUUCUUGCCCACUGCUGCUUUCAUGGCAUGGCUCUCAUGCGCUGGUUGCUGCUAUGGCAAAUAUGCCAGUCGGCGCCUGCCCUGGUUCGGUCCCAAGUUCUGUCAGAUGGUACCCUCAGCCCUGGCCUACUGCUUAGAUAUCAGCCCAGUGGUGCAUCGCAUAUACACGUGCUACAGUUCACAGCAGGCUUGCACCGACCCAGCUGUCACUUUUCACUUUUAUCAGAUCCUCUUCUUUCUGAUCAGUGCCUUCUUCUUCUCUUACCCUCAUCCAGAGUGCUGGUUCCCUGGGCGGUGUGACUUUAUCGGCCAGGGCCACCAGAUCUUCCACGUGUUUCUCGUGUUGUGUACACUGAUGCAGAUUGAGGCUGUGCGUUUGGACUACGCUGAGCGUAGGCCCUUGUACGAGCACCUGCACGGGGACUUGGCUCAUGAUGCAGCAGCUCUCUUCGUCUUUACAACAUGCUGCAGUGCCCUGACUGCUUUCUACGUCCGGAAGCGAGUAAAAGCCUACCUUGAGGAAAAACAAGAAUAACAUGCUACAUUAAAAAAGAGGAGCGCAGGAGGAGGCACGGGAAGGCAAGAAUUUAAGGGAAGACUGAGCGCAGAUGAUUGCACUGGUAUACUAAGUACACUGAAAUUUAUGGAUCUGCUGCCAUUCAAUCACACUUUUGGGGGCGGGGAAGAGAACUGAACUGUAAACGCUUGUAUAUGUUGGUUGGACUACCAAAAUGUAUUUUUAAUUAGUUAUGUAUUGUUCACAUCAUUUAUAAACUAAAACACACAUGAAGACGGGACACUAAAUGAAACAAGUAGAGAGAUCUUACUCUGAUAAAAUCUACUCUGAAGGCUUCUGAAUGUCUAGUUGCAUGAAUGUGUGAUAUGUUUUAUGGAUGCAAAGGCACUGCAAAUGUACUGAUGGAUAGAAAUUCUUACCUCAGCUCAGAUGGCGUACUAUGCAUAUUUUACUGUGAGAAAUGUGUUCACUUGUGUGAAACCUAAAAUAUAGUGAACUAUUAAUAGUUGUGAUGAUAGUCUAAAACCUCAAAAAAUGUCUACAUACAUUUUGCACUAAAUGGUUGCAUUAUAAAGCCAAUAGGCUGUGCUGUAGUUUGUUUUACCAAAAAAGCCAAAAUAAUUGGGAACCUCAUUAGGAAUAAAUUUUAACAAGACAUUUUUUCCCUCUUUUUUUUAAAUAGUUAAAUGAUGUGAGGUACUGCAUGGUAAAGGCAGCCCUUUUUGUCACAUAUAAAAGUGCAGUACAGUAAAAUUCUUUUCUUGUUUUUGCUAGGAAGCUGGAAGUGUAGCGCAGGACCAGUCAAGACCUCUCAGAAGCAGGCAAGGGUGAAGGCCUUGCUUAAGGGCCAGCAGUAGGAGCUUGGAAAGUGCCGAAAUUUAAAAUCAUAAUGAUCGUGUCUGUUUGAUUGGCCAGAUCCUUAAUCUCUGAGCCACCGCUGCUUGACUAAAGAUGUUUAUUUUAAUAAUGAACAUCAUUGGGACUUUUUUCCAAAAUAUUUUUGACACUUUUAUACCCCUGUCCAUAAAGCAUUUAUAGUCACAAUGGAUGACUGAUGGUGAUUGUGUUACAAGCUGCUGCAUUAGCCCUCAGCAUGCUCCCAUGUCAGUGAAUGUGGACUAAAAGCCACAUUCACUGACAUGGGAGCAUGGGAGCAUGCCUCACUUCUGAGCUCAUAAUUUUGAAAGUAAAAAAUGCUACUCAUAACAUUUUUGGGGUCUUGCAUGAUCCCAGUCCUGAUGACCACCUCUGUUGUAUAUUAUAUAGAACAUAUUGCAUAGUACGCCAUUCGAGACAUAUCUCUAAUCUCAGCCAAUCAGGAUUUGCACAAAUCCGUUUUUUUUCAUAAACAUUCUCAGUGUGAUGCUAAUGAUCAUGCUUAAAUAACAUCAGGUAGCAGCAUGAAAAAUGAGAUCUAAAAUGAGUUUAAAUUAGAUAAGCUCAAUUUAUUGGUGCUUAAAGGGACAUUUAGGGCAUGGCUGCUACACAUACAUAGUGCUGCACAAUUAAUCGCAUAAAAAUCUAAAUCGUAAUAUGGACCUGCGCAUUUAUUAAAUUGCAAAAGUCUGCAAUUUUUUCCAAGUAGUAUACACAUAAUUGGGAAUUUAUGUAGAGUUUGUGAAAAAUUUAAGUGUUUGUUUAUUUUUUAAAUAGUUUUGAGGUGAAAAAUAAAUAUUGGCAAACAUUCACUCAAUGCCGCGACCUAGAUAAAUGCGUUUGAAUGUGCAUUUAAAUAGAUUUUAA